AUGCAUCUCAUCCAGGCUCUCACCACGCUUAUCACCCUAUUCACACCAGCUCUCUGCCUCCCACCAUUCAUUCUCCGAUCAGGCUUUCCCUCCCCGUCACUGUACCCAACCGAAUACGACCCGUCAACAGGAACAGACCCGGCCUCUCUCCUGAUCAAACGCCAAACCCAGACCUGCGCCUCCACCUGCGGCACAGUCUGCUAUUUCCAACGCACCGUGGACGCCGCCGUGUCCGAAGGGUUCGAGCUCUUCCAAGCUGGAAAGACAGAGGGCUCUGGAGACUAUCCGCACACGUUCCGCAACGACGAGGAAAUUGAACUCUCCGUGCCCGGCCCGUACCAGGAGUUUCCGAUCUUGAAUGACUUUCAGGAAUAUGACGGUGGAAGUCCUGGCCCCGAUCGCGUUAUCUUCAAUGAAGACGGAGAGUUGGCCGGUGUGAUUACGCAUACUGGGUCGCAGGUCAGGAACGGAUUUGUUACUUGUACUUAG